ACUACCGAGCUGGAAUAAAUCAGUAAGUAGGCUGCUCUCGGUUAACUGCUUAACGCGAUAUUGGGACAAGCGUGUCGAUUAUAGAUGGAUUACCUUUGUAAAUAUUAUGAAGAUUAAUUUCUCAUCUCGUAAUAUUCCAUAAUUGUAUGAACUGAAUGUGAACUGAUAAAUAGCUUACACGUCUUAGCGGGACUGCGAUUUAUUAGUUUGUAAAUAUAAACACGCAUCAGAAGAGGAGCAUUAUAUUAUUAAAAAAUAUGAAUAAAAGCUUUUAAAUCAGUCAUUAAAUGCCAAGUUUAUUUGUUAACAGCGUGAAUGGUGAAUGAAUAAAUUACCUAGUCUGAAUUGGUGGUACGUACACUUGUUUGAGAAGACAGUGCGACCGUACAGGGGUAUUUCAUAAGCGGACAAAAAUCGCCGUGAAUACUGUGACAGCGCUAGAUUUAUUAGGCGGUCAUGCUUGCAGAUUUGGCAUAUAGUUGGAUAUCAGCACUGCGUGCUCACUGGCUGAGAAAAGAUAUUAAAGAGAUCAUCGGAUUUAUAACUCUGUGAGAGCGCAUUCCUGAGUCUUGGAUGAGAUUCACGCGCGUCAAUGGGAAGAAUAUAAUUAUUAAAUUAGCAUACACGCACGUGAUCUUAGAGUAACGUUAAUUAAAUAUUAUUAUAUAAAAUGUGUUGCAUCUGUGUUUCAAUAUUAUUAUGUUGUAAUUUAAGUACAUCAUAUUCGAAUUUAUUGCAGAUAUUUACGGUUUAAUGAUACACUGGCACAUAUAUGAAAUAACCAGCGAAAACUACAACUAACCAAAAUGAAUUAAUUAUAUCAACCAACUAAGCAAUUGAAAUAUGGAGCCACAUACUGUAACGGAUGACUUGCUCGUAGUUGCGGAGGAAACAUUGAAUGAAACUGAAUCUCAAAUGGUCAAAGCAUGUCCUGAAACGCAAAAGUUAUUGACAAUAAAUGGAUACGUAGUUGAAAAAGAUGCUGAAAAGGGUGGUAGCGUUGACGUAGAGGAACGUGACGUAAACACAGGCGUUACGCCAUCCAACGGCGAAAACGGUGUCCAGCGGGAAACGUGGGGAAAUAAGAUAGACUUUUUGCUGUCCGUGACUGGAUUUGCGGUGGACCUGGGGAAUGUGUGGCGUUUUCCGUACAUUUGUUUCAAAAAUGGUGGAGGUGCGUUUCUGAUCCCUUAUUUCAUCAUGCUUGUGUUCCUGGGGCUGCCCCUGUUCUACAUGGAGCUCGCCCUUGGGCAGUUCCACAAGAGUGGAGCCAUCGCCAUCUGGAAGAAACUGUGCCCUAUGUUCGCAGGCGCGGGCGUAGCUACCUGCAUGGUAGCGAUCCUUGUGGGCAUGUACUAUAACACCAUCAUCGCAUGGGCUCUCUACUACCUCGUCGCCUCCUUCAGAUCGGAAGUUCCGUGGGCGAGCUGCAAUAACUCCUGGAACUCACCAGACUGUGUGUCUUUCGCUCACGGUUUCAACGCAAGCCUCGUGGCCAACACGUCCGUCCCCUCCGCCCUGGAAUACUUCAACUACAACGUGCUUGAAUCUCACAAGUCAAGAGGCAUUGACGACAUCGGCGCCGUCAAGUGGUCGCUGUGCCUGUGUCUGCUUGGAGUCAUGACAACAGUAUACUUCGCGCUCUGGAAGGGAAUCAAGUCGUCUGGGAAGGCAGUCUGGGUGACGGCGACGGCGCCAUACGUCAUUUUGUUAGUGCUUCUUGGCCGCGGAGCCACACUUCCGGGUGCAGGCACCGGUAUCCUGUACUACAUCACUCCUGUCUGGGACCGACUUCUGGAAGUCGGUGUAUGGAUAGACGCUGCCGCCCAGGUGUUCUUCAGUCUCGGACCCGGGUUCGGCACCCUCCUUGCUCUGUCCAGCUACAAUAAGUUCAACAACAACUGCUACCUAGACGCCAUGAUCACGGCUGGCAUCAACUGCUUCACGAGCCUGCUUGCCGGCUUCGUCGUCUUCGCCGUUCUCGGCUACAUGAGUCAUGUACUCAAUAUCUCCAUAGACGAACUCGCUCUGGAAGGACCGGGACUGGUGUUCUACGUGUACCCGGAAGCGAUCGCCACCAUUUCCGGUUCCGUGUUCUGGGCGAUCAUUUUCUUCGUACUUCUUAUCACUCUUGGAAUUGACAGCACGUUCGGGGGCCUCGAGUCAGUGAUAACAGCACUCUGUGACCUAAGCCCCACACUCACGCGGCAUCGAAAACUCGUGGUUUUGGUGGUUGUGGUCAUUUGCUUCCUGGGUGGUCUCCCUUCCACAACAUACGGCGGACAGUACGUUAUAACGCUGAUGGACACACACGCCGCUCCCGUGGCGUUAUUCGGCGUCUGCUUGGUGGAAGCAAUAUCCGUAAGCUGGAUUUACGGUGUCCAGCAUUUCUCUAACGACAUCGAGAAGAUGCUGGGAUUCCAGCCUGGCGUCUACUGGAAGAUUUGCUGGUCUAUCAUAUGCCCGAUAUUCUUGUCCAUACUGUUUGUUCUUUCCAUCGUGGCCUACUCGGGUCUGCAAAUCGAACACUAUCGGUUCCCGGCCUGGUCUGAGACCGUUGGCUGGCUGGUCACCUCCAGCUCCCUCGUCUGUAUCCCGGCUUUUAUAAUUAUCAAGUUCGUCAUUACGCCUGGCACCAUUACAGAGAGACUCAAGCUCAUGAUCCAGAGUUCCUCCACGGACUACCCGGACAAUGAAGCCGGCUUCACUCUGCGCAACGCGCAACGUCACAUUCAUAGGGGAUCAAGAUACGUCUACACGAAUAUUAUCACGAAAGUGUUCCGCAAACACAUCGACAAGCAUGAACAUGCAAACGAUGGGCAAACUUCGAACGGAGUGGUAGGUUACCAAAUGACUGAGAUCCCGGCCAAUGGAAAUGGUCAUCAUUUUUAUGGGUAUCAAAUUGUCUCGCAUUAUCCCCCAGAGGAGAACGUGAAGCACACAACACCUACCUCAGCGGUCGCAAACGUUCAUUCAGUGGACGUGAACAAUUGUAUCGACCAUGAAAGUGACACAGACGAACCACAGACCGUGUAAUGUGGCAGCCUAGAAGGAAAACAUUAUCAUCAUACAUUUCCACAUUUUAUAAACGGGUGUUUACAAAUACUAUGUAUUAAAACAAAAGUGCUUGCUGGGAUACUCGUGGAACCAAGUUGAAACGGGACCCAGUCAGUUGACAUUUCAUCUUCAAAGCACGCGUUGCCAUACCUUUCUGCGUCGGAAAAAAGCUUUAUAUGAGCCGCGUUCUGAUAAAACUGCGCAAAAUGCAUGUGCGCAAAGUGUCGUCCCAGAUUAACCUGUGCAGUUUGCACAGACUAAUCAGGGACGACACUUUCCGCCCUUACUAGAUUUUCGGUAAAAAGAGACUUCCUUUAAACGAAAAAUACCAUUAAAGCGGAAAGCGUCGUGCCUGAUUAGCCUGUGCGCACUGCACAGGCUAAUCUGGGACAACACUUUACGCACAUGCAUUUGCCAAAUUUUCACAGAACAAGACACAUAUAUUUACAUACACAUGUUUAUGUUUAGACUUGAACUACGAUUAUUUUUGUGUUCAUUUUGUUUAAAAAAAGACAAAAUACAUUUUUGUUCAUGUACAUGUGUACUUACCGAAUUUAUUAUAUUGUGCGAGGUUCACAACAGAAAGUAAAUAUUUUCCGGUUUGAUACGAUUUUAAUAAUGCUGUGCGUACACUUUAUUUAUUUCUUGAAGAUUUUGUUAUUGAAGUUUUUAACUUUCUUAAUAAGUGAUGUUCAAUACUUGAUGUACUUGUUAUUUGUUGUUCAUAUUGCCGUGUACAAUACGACCCUUAAUGAUCAUUUUGAAAACAAAGACGAAAUGAAAAGAAUUAUAAAUGAAAUGAAAUUGUAUUUGUGAUAUUUGUUUUAUAACGAUUAUAUUCCAGGUGGCGCGUGCGAAGAUGAAGUCAGAGACUCACAGUGUUCAUGCUUUUUUUAAACCCAUUUAUGCUAGUGGACUCCCCCAUCCUUCUAAAUUGGAUCAAUUUAUUUCCAACAUUAGGGAUGUCUAGUAUAUUUAUUUCUAUAUUUAGAAUAUUUCUUACAGGAAUUCCUUUAAGCAAACAGCGCAGACCCAGAUGAGAUGCCGCAUCAUGCGGCGUCUCAUCUGGGUCUACGCUGUUUGCCAAUGCCUUUAUUCUAGACGCUAGGCAUAAAUAGGUUAAUUUUUGCAGCCCUAUUUUAACGGUAAUGUGGUUGGUAGUAAUGUCUUUGACCGGAACGGCUAUUAAGGACAAAGCGUAAAUAUGAUGUUUAUGAUUCUUUUAUUGUUUCAUUGUUUGCUUUAAUUUGUAUGUGUUUAAAUGUUCGGCCGGUAUCUAAAAGACACAGAUAUGACCAAUACACGGGAUUAUAUCAUAUGAUUUUCAUAUAUUCGCCAUAUGUAUUUCUAUUCCAUUGUUACGUAAUGUACACGAACACAUGUAUUAAUUUAUGUACAAAUCAUUAUACCACCUCAUGAUCAAUGGUUAUGAAACUUAAAAGGUUGCAUCGUAUUUUCUCGUUUGCUAAAAGUCAACAACAUGCUUUUGGUCUAAAUAUAAAUAUAAAUAUUUAAAUUAUAUUUAUACAAUACGUAUUGCUAUUGUGUAUAACUGUAUUGCAAACACAGCUUGUUAAUUCGUGCAUGAAAGUAUUGUUAUUAUAACAAAACAUUUCAAACAACCUUAUCAAGCAUAAUUUUGUAAUCUUUCACAAAGUACAAUUUAUGCCAAGCAUGUUCUUUAUCAUUAUGUCACUGUCCAAUGACGGUGUGAAAUGAGCCGACUCGUGCGAGAAUAAGUUCUAUAUAAUAUGCGGACAGCGAAGCUCAAGACCAGAGUCCGCAUUCGCGCAGUCUAGUCAGGAUUUAUCCUGUCCGCUACAAAGUCUUGCGAGAUUUUCGGUCUCAUUAGCUGACACGUAUGGAGCCCGUUGACAUAUGUCAUAAGGCACAUUUUCGCAUGAAGCAAAAGCAUCUACCACUUGUGUUCAUACUGUAACCAAAAAAUCAGCAUUCUAACGACGCUGGAACACUCAGUUCCUGCCAAGUAGAUAGAAUACAGCUAUAUUGACAUGUAUUCAAGUAUUCGACAAUAGUUCGUAGCUGUUUUAACUGUUUGAAUGAGGUAUACCAGAUUCAUAAAUAUGACGAAACUUUUGCAUAGUUUGAGGAAGGUACAAACAAACAUUUAAUAAAGCAUAGGCCAGUGUAUAUAUGUUAUCAAUACUACAAGUUAAUAUAAUGAUUCAUUUGUUCCUAAUUAAUUGUAUACAAUCAACAGCCAGUUCUUAUUUACAGGAUUGCAAGUAUGAGGUAUUACUCUUUACAAUAUGAAAUUCAAUUAUGUCAAUCUCUUAGAUAUGAACACUGUUUAGACCAAUUUGUUUGAAUGAACGGAUUAAAUACUUUUAAAGAGGCCUUUGAACGUUUUGGUACAUUGAAAAAAAAUGUUUUCGAUUCUCAAAUUUUCGGUGUAGUUGUGAUAUUUGUGAGGAAACAGUUAUACUGAACAUUUACCAUGCUCUAAAAUAUCCAUUAUAUGCAUCUUUCGACGAUUUACAAACCUGAAAAUUAUAAAGAGUUGAAACGCGAAACGAUUUAAUAAAUUGGAGAGUUCUUUUGUUGUCGUUUUAUUUUGCGAUUUAGGAUUGAUAACAUAAAGAAUAUAAUACAUCGCUCAUUGAAUGAGCACGGAUGGCCAAGUGGCCUAAGUGAUAAACUUUUACUGAAGGGUCAGUGGUUCGAACCCAGUUGAGGGUUACUUGUUUUCUUUCUUUAAUUUCAUUUUUGUUUUCUUUUAAUGAAGCUUUUAAGAUCCAAUUUUAACAUUUAUCAAUAUAAAGCAUUUAAUUACAAAUUUCAAUACAUGCCAAAAUCUGCGAAAAGGUCCCUUUAAUUAUAACAUUUUUGUAAUUGCGUUUUAAAGUGAAAAUUAAUUGACAUAGCAUCAAUAGAUACGCUUAAUUUUAAAGUUGGUGUUCCUAUAAGUGGUUAUACGGGUAGUACUUAAUGAACGCGUGUUGAUAAUGUACUUUCUUAAUUUUUAAGUUGAGAUAACUACACAAUACAUGUGUUAUUAUAUAAAUAUAUUUGUAUUAAAUGUUUCAUAGUUGAAUGCCAAACUUGUUGUACUUGCAUUUGUAAUAAUUCUAAUGAAAAUACAUUAUUUUCAUUAAA